AUGAUAUCAAAUAUUAAAAUUGGUAUCAAUGGAUUUGGUCGUAUUGGUCGGCUUGUAUUUCGAUGUGCACUUGCACAAGGUACUCAAGUAAUUGCUAUUAAUGAUCCAAGUUCAUCGAUUUUUAUUCCUUCUGCUGAACAUAUGGUUAAUAUGUUGAAACAUGAUUCAACACAUGAACAUUUCAAAGGUGAAGUUUCACAUAAAGAUAAGAAAUUUAUUGUUGCAGGUCAAAAAAUCAGCACCCUCAUUGAACAACAACCAUCAAACAUUCCAUGGGAUGAACUCGGUGUUGAAUAUGUUGUUGAAACAAUCGGCGUAUAUACAACAAUUGAUAAAUGUCAAUCAUAUUUACAAGCUGGUGCUAAAAAAGUUAUAAUUGCAGAACCAUCAACUGAUACUCCAAUGUUUGUUAUGGGUGUUAAUGAAGAUAAAUAUACAGGAAAAGAAACAGUUCUUUCAAUUACAUCAUGUACAACAAAUUGUUGA